UCUCUUAUAAUACUAAAAUAAUCAUUGUAUAGUGAGCGCCAUCUAAGCUCACUAGAAUUGUAACCAACCAAGCCUAAAAAUAAAGCAGAAAAUUUCUUUUGGUCAGUAAUUUUAAUACAGUUGUGAUAUUUUUAAUAAUAAAUUAGUUCCAUGUAAUCAUAAAUAUCAUAUCAAUUUUUCUGAGUUAAUUAUGCUUCGACUGCUUAUCUUGGUUUAUUACUUAAGCUUAAAUCCUAGUUUAGGUUUAAACAUUAACAAUGAAGUAGCACAAUCUGGUACCCCACCUCGGGAUGUGCAAGCACGAGCAUUAAGUUAUACCACAGUAGUGGUUGAUUGGGAGAGACCGGAACAACCUUUAGGCCAGAUAUCAGGAUACCGUGUUUAUUAUACUUCAAAUCCGUCCCAACCAAUAUCAUUUUGGGACUAUCUUGAUGUCGAUGAUAGUCAAUUGAUAACAAUUAGUGAACUUCAACGUGAAACUAUUUAUACCAUUCGUGUCUCUGCAAUAAUUCAAUCUCGCGGUGAAGGUCCGCUUUCACCACCAGUGCAAGUGAAAACAAAACAAGGUGUCCCAAAUCAGCCUUUAGGUUUACAAGCUGUUGCUCAGGGUCCCCACUCUAUCAAACUAACAUGGAAGAUGCCACCUAAUGCUGGUGAAAACAUAAUUGGUUAUGAAUUGUAUUGGAAUGAUACCUUUGAAAAUAACCAAGGAAAACAAUUUAUAGCACCAACGGAUACUUAUAUCAUCGAAAACUUAUAUCCUGAUACUCUUUACUACAUAUGGAUUGCGGCUAAAUCAAAUAUUGGCGAAGGAGCAGCAACCCCACCAAUAGCUGUUAAAACGGAAAUAUUUGGUAAGGUUUCUAAUGUUUCAUCCAAUCUAGAGUGGACAUCAAAUUCAAGUAAGGUUUUAGCAAGCACUCCUAUUGGUGAAGAGGCUGCUUCUAGGCCUACCACAUCAGAAGAGACUGUUCCAGGAGAACCAAGAGAUGUCAAAGCUGUUCCAAUCAACAGUACAUCGAUCCGUGUGGAAUGGAAUCCACCGUCCAAUAUUGAUCAGCAUGGUGUCAGACGUGGAUAUCAAAUUUAUGUUCAUGAAAUGAGUUCAGGAAAUCGAGAGGAAUUUUUAAACGAUCCAAUUAAAUUUGAUGUGCUUGACCCUAACGCAAAAGAGUUUAAUGUGACAUCUUUGCAACCUGAUACAUUGUACAAUAUUCAGGUUGCAGCAAUAACUCGUAAAGGUGAUGGAACCCGCAGUAAAUCAUUUAAGGUUCGCACAUUGGGAGGUGUUCCAACUAAACCAGAUAUUUUAAUUAGACUAAUGAGUGAUGAACCUCAAAUGACUAUUGAAGUUCAAUGGACUCGGCCUAAGCAUACCUAUGGUGCUUUGUUAGGUUAUCGACUCAAAUAUGGUCGAGCUACUGACACUAAUCUGGAAGAGCUGGAAAUUAAUCCCCAAGAGCAGAGUAAAAUUAUAAAAGAUUUGGAUCGAGGUGUCAAAUAUGUUUUUCGUUUAGCGGGUAAAAGUAGCAUGGGUUGGGGCCAAGAAGCUGUGGCUUACAUUGAAACCCCCGAAGGUCCUCCUGGAGCUCCACCUCAAAAUAUUACUUACCGAUUACAAACACCAACAACUGUUGUAAUAACUUGGGACCCGCCCUUACCUGAGUAUAGAAAUGGAAGGAUCACCAAUUAUGGGAUACAUUUUCAGAAACCUGUUGACACUGCAGUUGAAGAGCGUUUCACUAACGAUACUCGCAUCGUUUUCAGCUCUUUAACUGAAAAUGCUGAAUAUACUUGUAAAAUUCGAGCCUUUACAUCCAAGGGACCUGGACCGUGGAGUAAUCGAAUUCAAAUCCAAACUCCUGCUGAUGUACCACCUGCACCAACAAAUGUACAAGCAAUGGCAACUACCGAGAAGUCCGUUGAAGUUUGGUGGGACCAGAUGCCUUUCUUUGCUGAUAUUUUAGGUUACACUGUUCUUUACGCACAAACAAAUGCAGUUGAAGAUCUUGAUUCUUGGCUCAACAAGACAGUUGUUUUAACUUGGUCUGUUGAAUUGACUGGACUCAAGCCAAGUACUAUGUAUGCUAUUCGAGUUGCAGCUUAUACUAAUCAAGGUUUGGGUCGUCUUUCAGAAUUAAUUACUGUUCGAACCACACCGUUUGAUGUCCCACUCAGCCUUCGCGCUUACACUGUCACAACUCACACCAUGAGUCUAUCAUGGAGACAACCUACCAAACUAAAUCCUAUUGGAUACCUGAUAACUUAUGAAGCUCACAAAGAAUUUUAUGAUAGCCUUAGUAUGCUCAAAACUCUGCCAAUUCCUCCUUCAAAAAUUGAGGUCAAUGCUAGCACAACACAGAUCACUAUUGACAAUUUAAUGCCUUUCACCAGUUAUCAAGUUAAUGUAACUGCAUUGCCUGCUGACAAGACAUACCGACCUCCAGCUCGUAAAACUGUGACCACAGCUAUGGCUGCUCCAAAGCCUAUGGUAAAACCAGAUUUCCUUUCUGUCAAAAAUGGAGAGAUAAAUGUCAUAUUGCCUCAAGCAUCUGAAGAGUAUGGCCCAAUCAGUCAUUAUUAUCUCGUUGUUGUUCCAUCUCAAUUUGCCACCAAAGAAACAGAUUUAUACACUAUCGAGGAGUUAACAGAAACGCCAAUGGAAAAAUUGGGUCCCUAUAUUGCGGCUAAAUUUCCUAGACGUUCAGUGCCAAGUCAAUUUCCACUUGGUGAUGGUAAAAAAUACAAUGGAUUCCGUAACCGUAAACUCAAACCAAAUGUUUAUUAUAAAAUAUUUGUCCGAGCUAUUGUUGAUGCACCUCAUAAGAAUCUAUUCACUAGCAGCCCGUUCUCCUUAGCAUUGAAUCCUAAUGUCCCACCCGAUUCAACUUAUAAACCACCUUCAAAGAUAUUGAAUGCCGGACCUAAUAUCUCGCAAAUUUCACCAACCAUGGAUGGCUCUAGACUACUUGGCAUCGUUGCCAUUGUCAUGAUAACAUUGAUUGUAAUAAUUAUAGUUGUUGUCUUGGUUUAUAUCAAUAGACGACGUCAACUGCUCAAAGCCUCUAAUGUGGAUACCACUUUAAAACUUUUAAUGAACACUGCCGAUCCUCGUGAUAUCAUCUCUCAUCCCUCUGAUCCUGUUGAAAUGCGUCGAAUCACUUAUCAAACAGCAGGAAUGAUAAACCAUCCUCCUAUUCCUGUUACAGAACUUGCAAAUCACAUAGAACGGCUUAAAGCUGAUGAAAAUUUAUUGUUUUCUCAAGAAUACGAAUCGAUUGAGCCAGGGCAACAAUUUACUUGGGAAAACUCGAACAUGGAAAUCAAUAAACCAAAAAAUCGUUAUGCAAAUGUCAUCGCAUAUGACCAUAGUCGAGUUGUUCUCCAGACUCUUGAUGGUAUUCCUGGAUCAGACUAUAUCAAUGCAAAUUAUUGUGAUGGAUAUCGCAAGCAAAAUGCUUACAUAGCUACUCAAGGACCUUUACCUGAUACCAUUGGAGACUUUUGGCGUAUGGUUUGGGAACAGAGGAGUUAUGCAGUUGUAAUGAUGACUAAACUAGAAGAACGCACACGUGUAAAAUGUGAUCAAUAUUGGCCUAACAGAGGCACGGAAAAUUACGGCGUAAUGCAAGUGACACUGACAAAUGUGGAAGAGUUAGCAUAUUAUUGUAUAAGAACUUUUACUCUACAACGUUAUGGUUACAUGGAGUCUCGCGAGGUUAAACAAUUUCAGUUUACUGCUUGGCCUGACCAUGGUGUUCCUGAUCAUCCAACACCCUUCUUGAUGUUCUUGAGACGAAUCAAAAUAUUAAACCCACCCGAUGCUGGUCCAAUGAUUGUUCAUUGUAGUGCCGGAGUUGGUAGAAGUGGAUGUUUCAUUGUAAUUGAUUCAAUGUUGGAACGUCUUAGGUAUGAAAAUACUGUUGACAUUUAUGGUCAUGUAACAGUUUUACGUGCUCAACGAAACUAUAUGGUUCAAACGGAAGAUCAGUACAUUUUCAUCAAUGAUGCAGUCUUGGAAGCUGUUAUUGCUGGUAAUACUGAAGUUUCCAUUCGAAACCUUUACAACCAUGUGCAAAUGUUGUUACAGGUUGUACCUGGUGAUACUAUUACUGGUAUGGAAUUGGAGUUCAAAAAGAUUGCUUCAAUGAAAACUCCUGCGAGCAAAUUUACCAGUGCAAAUCUGCCUUGCAACAAAUUUAAAAACCGCUUAAUGAAUAUUUUACCUUAUGAAAACAAUAGAGUAUUUCUUCAACCUUUAAGAGCAGUCGAAGGCUCGGAUUAUAUAAAUGCAAGUUUUAUAGAUGGCUACCGUUACAGGUCAGCUUAUAUUGCUACUCAAGGCCCCAUCCCUGAGACAGCUGAAGAUUUCUGGCGAAUGUUGUGGGAACACAAUUCCAAUAUAAUUGUUAUGCUCACAAAAGUAAAAGAAAUGGGCAGAGAUAAGUGUCAUCAUUAUUGGCCUUCUGAGCGCUCACAAAGAUAUCUUUACUUUGUAGUCGAUCCUAUCACCGAGUAUAAUAUGCCUCAAUAUAUACUUCGUGAAUUUAAAGUUACUGAUGCUAGAGAUGGUCAGUCACGAACUAUACGCCAAUUCCACUUCGUUGAAUGGCCUGAACAAGGUGUUCCUAAAUCUGGUGAAGGUUUUAUUGAUUUUAUAACUCAAGUGCAUAAAACUAAAGAGCAGUUUGGUCAAGAAGGACCAAUUACAGUGCAUUGCAGUGCUGGUGUUGGCAGAACGGGUGUAUUUGUCAGUUUAAGUAUUGUAUUAGAUAGAAUACAAAAUGAAGGAGUGAUUGAUUUGUUUCAAACAGUGCGAACUCUCCGAACUCAAAGACCCGGAAUGGUGCAAACCGAAGAUCAGUAUCAAUUUUGUUAUCGUGCUGCCUUGGAAUACAUAAGCACUUUUGACUAUGCAACGUAACAAAACUCGUUAAAAGUUUAUGUAUUCUUGUAGAGAACUCACUACGGCUAUAUAAUUUUCUACGUGUAUCAAAUCAUCAAACCUUUAUCAUUCCAUUGAUUAUAGGAUGGAAAUUUAAAUGGUCACAGUACUUUCCUUAGAUGGAUCAAAAAGGCAAAUUGUAAUUAUGUGUAUAACACAGAAACAACAUUAACUUAAUGUCAUCAGCUUUGACUAGUUUGUCAUCAUUUGGCAAGCUUAACUGACAACUUUCUUUUUACUUGAAAUUUCAAGUGACCUGCAUUUAUCCCUCAGAUUAUGGAUUUAAAUUUGUUUCUUUUCUAUCAUCCCCAACACCAAACAUCAUUCAUCAAACUACAUUUGUUCACCCGAUUGGAAGUGAUCAAGCCAAAUCAUUUUUAAUUUCAUUUUUGAUAAUUUUCUUCCAUUAUCAUUUUUAUUAUUUUUGUUAUUUAUUUUCACAUCAAACCAAUGGGACCUUUUCUUUUUUCACCUCACCAUCUCAUCAUCAUCAUUGCUGAUUUGUUUUAAAAGCUUGUGAUGAAAAUUAUUUUCACAAUCUCUUUCUUCGUCAUCUCAACUCAUCACUUUUUUUCACCUUUUCUAUGCUUUUGCAUAUACAAUUACAAGGAUAGGGAAUGAUUUGUUUCAUUUUAAAUGAUUAUCCUUUGAUUCCAAUUUUUCAUGCUUAUCAUCUUCUUAAUUCUGGCUUUCUAGUCAUAUUAAUUUCUGAUAUCUGAUGAGCAAAAUUCUUUUGAUUUAUCAAAUCAUAUUGUAAAUUAAUACCAUAAUCAAUCUGAUAAACUUAAAUGCCAGAAAAGAGUUGAGUCUAAAUGUAUAUCAACUAAUUAUAUUAUAAAUAUAGCAGUUUGAAUUGCCAUAAACUCUUGGUCAUAUUAAUCGUGAGCUUACAUACAACUCCUGAUCCCUACGCUUGAUACACUUUUCAAUGACUGUCCACCUUUAUAAUGGCCACUCAUACCUCUUUUGAUCUCAUUUUUUCUCAUCUUGAUGUAAUUUCAUAAAUUUCUGUAUUAUUCCUCUCUUUUUUAAUUCACAACCUUUCAUUUCUAGCUGGGCUCUUCCCUUUUGACGUUUAAUAAAAUAAAAUCUCGUAUGUUGUGAUUUCUUCAAAAA